AUGGCAUCACCUAAUGUAGUUACGGUCGAAUACAGCACAAUGAAUCUGCAAGAGGGGAAACAAGGAAGACAAUCCUCCACACAUCAUGAGAUAAGGCUGGGAUCAUCUUCCUUUCUCUCUCAAUCUCGCUCUAUUUAUAUAUACAUAUAUUUGUUUCUUUAUCCAUAUCUAUCUAUCUAUCUAUCUAUCUAUCUAUCUAUCUAUCUAUCUAUCUAUUUCAUACUUCAUAUCUAUCCGUCUAUCUUGCACUCGUCAGACCUAUCUAUCUAUCUAUCUAUCUAUCUAUCUAUCUAUCUAUCUAUCUAUCUAUCUAUCUAUCACAUUGUACACAUCGUCGUUGUCUGUCUUUCUAUCUCACUCUUCGGAUCUAUCUAUCUAUCUAUCUAUCUAUCUAUCUAUCUAUCUAUCUAUCUAUCACACUCUUUGUCUGAUUUUCUAUCUAUCUAUCUAUCUAUCUAUCUAUCGCUUCACAUCUAUAUAUCUAUCUCAGUGUACGUCGAUAUCUAUCUAUCUAUCUAUCUAUCUAUCUAUUUAUCUAUCUAUCUAUCUGCUCAUAUUUUAUUAUUAUCUAUCUAUCUAUCUAUCUAUCUAUCUAUCUAG